UACUCGGUCCAUAAGUGUAGUCACAUGGCUUCUUCACUGUUCCCUUUGUGUCAGUUUCCCACUUACUAAAUGUAAGAUAGUACCUGUGUAACCGCGGAACAAAUGUGCAAAUGACGUGAUUGUUUUGUGAAACAGAGACUGAUAUGUCGGGAAGAAACCGCGCACUGCCGCCAUGGAUGUCGAAGAAGGAGGCGAAGGUGACGAAGAAGGAGCCGCUGAAGAGAAGGAGGAAAGAGAAAACUGCGAGGGCUGUCUUCUACUGUAUGAACGAGAAGGAGCUGGUCGAAGCUGCUGCCUCAUUUCUCACCAGAAACGCUGCAUCCGGGGACGUGGAGGCUGCUCUCCUGAGUGACCAGAAGGUUGAAGACAAGGCAAUGAAAGCCACCAGGAGGAUUAUGGAGAACCCUGCCACCUCAAAGAAGCGGCCCGAGACUAUCCAGGAGGAGUCCUCAGACUGCAGCGAUGCCCAUGAGAGGACGUGUGUUUCAGAAACAGACACGGACAUUACAGAGAUGGACACUGUGCCUUACACCGGGAGCCCUCAGCAGGAAAGACCUGAAGAAGGUAAAAUACAGGGACCAUUGCAGACCGAGAAUAAAAAAGCGGAGCACACACAGAUGCCAGGAGAUGCAGCCGUGGACGACGAUGCUUUAAGGCUCGUGCGAGAAAUCUUUUUCACUUAAAGGCUUUAUAUGUGAUUUUUUGAUCCAGCAGAUGUCGCCCUUGAGCACCAGCAUGAAACCAAAACAACUCGCGCUGCAUUGUUGUGUUAGCAUGCUAAUGCUAGCGAUCUUUAUUAUGCUCGUAUCUUCACACUGCAUGUAAAUUUACCUGAAAUGAGCGUGAUCUAGAAACACAGUUAAGCAGUGAGUACAGUAUGUUAUUCUUCUUUUCUCUAGUACCUCAAUUAAACAACUUUUAUACGCGAGGGGAGGAGUCAGCCGGCCGUCCGGGCGAUGUAAACAAAGUGAAGAUAGGACUCUGAAAACAUCACAGACAGUGGGACUCAGGUGUUACACCCAUUGUAGACAGUCAUGACUCACAGUUAUUUUCAGAGGAUAGACUUGAUUUCUACAUUUAAGUGUGAAAAAUCACAUAUAAAGACUUUAAUGAUGAACUAAGUUGAAUAUCAUCCAAAUUAUGUGCACUCAAUUAAAAAUGAAACAUGUUCUCUAAAAGAUGCGUUUCACCCAAGUUACAAAUUCUUCUGAAAACAUCAGUAGUUCUUGUGAUUGCACACAAGUUGUCCGUAAAGCUACUAAACAGAACUGAUGGAGUAAUUGAUUUCACUGGUAUGUAGAGAUAUCAUUAGCGUCUUAGACAUGGCUUUAAAAGCUGCAGAAAUCUAUGAACUGAACUAACAUGAAUGAACUGGAUGUCAAAAAAAUGUUUGAUGAUUAGAUAAAGAGUACAGCUCAUCCUUUUUUAUAUUGAAUGCGGAACUAACUGCUUCUGUGGUUAGUUUCAGUGGUCGGAGAUAUGCAGCUUCCAGGAAACCCAUAAUUUAAGUGGGCAUGUCACUGUGCACUUGACACAGUCUUUUUCCACUAAUUAACUAAAUGUUGUUCUGUAAAGGACUUUGUGCAAGUAAAGCAGCUCCAGGUGUUCUCUUGUUGACUCCAAAAGAUUAAAGCUUUACAAUCAUACAGUACUAA